AUGGAAAACUACCAGGUUCUACAGCAGCUGCCUCCGGGGGCCUUGGGGGUGAACCUGGUGGUGCAGGAGCGAGGAACCCGGGAGAAGCUCCUGAUCAAGCAGGUGCAGUGCAUGGAUGAGCACCAUGCCAGCCAGGCCCUGGAGGAGCUGAUGCCCAUGCAGAAGCUCCGUCAUGCACACGUGUCCCCGUACCGGGAGCUCUUCAUCAUCUGGGACAGCGAGAUCUCGGCUCUCUUUCUCUGCCUGGUGACUCAGUGGAGUGCUGAGACCUUCCAGACCAUCAUUGACAGGCAGCGGGACAGCAGGAUGGUCAUCGAGGCCAAGUGGCUGCAGGAGAUGCUGGGCCAGGUGCUGGACGGGCUGGAGUACCUGCACCAGGCGGGCAUCGUCCACAGGAACCUCAAGCCGUCCAACAUCGCCCUUGUGAGCAGCCGCCGCUGCAGACUGCAGGACCUCGGCUCCCAGGCCCUGAUGACCGAUAAGGCCAAGUGGACCCUGCGUGCAGACGAAGACCCCCUGAAUCGCUCCUGGAUGGCCCCGGAAGCGCUCAACUUCUCCUUCACCCAUAAAUCCGACAUCUGGUCACUGGGCUGUGUCAUCCUGGACCUGGUCAGCUGCUCCUUCCUCGGGAAGGAAGAAGCGCUCCAGCUGCGGAAAGCCAUCCGGAACCUUCCAGAAAGCCUGGAGAGCGCCCUGAUGGCCAUACAGGAGAGGGCCAUCCCCGACGCACAGACCUUCUGCGCCCUCCUGCCCCAGAUGCUGGAGAUCAACCCUGCUGAUCGCAUAGACACACGGGAGGCGAUCCACAUGGCCUUCGUGAGCGGACACUUCUACUCGUCCACCAUCACGUUGGCGUCCCGCCAGCAGCUGCCCAGCUCCACCAUGGACACGCUCUUGCUGGGCAACAUGGCCAGUAUCCUGGAGCUCAUGCAGAACUUCCCAGGCCAGCCGGACAUCCAGCUCAGGGCCCUGAAGACGCUGCUGGCACUGCCAGAGGACGCACUGGGUGUCCUGUGGCCCACGGUGGUGGUGGACAUGGUGGCCCGAGUCCUGAAGGAGCACGAGCACGUCCUGGACAUCCAGCUGUGCGGCUGCUCCCUGCUGCUGCACCUGCUGGAACACGGCCUGGUGCAGGACCCGGCGGCGCCCGUGCCUGGCAGCAGCUUCCUGGUCUCUGUGCUGAUGAGCCUCAUGCAGCACCACCAGGAGAUGCCGCUCCUGAAGCAGCUCUACGAUGUCCUCACCAUCAUGGCCAGCGAUGCGUGGAUGGCCAACAAGCUGCAGGGAGCGGGACUGUUGGAGCACAUCCUGCAGCACCUGGCCCACUUCUCUGCGAACAGGGAGCUCUGCCGUGGUGCCCUGAACCUAUUCUGGGUCCUCUUGACCAAUGUGGUCCCCGAGGACAGCGGAGCUCUGGAACGGGCAGUGGGCCUCGUGACCAGGGCGCAGACCACCUUCCCCGAGGACCUGGACAUAGCGGAGAGCAGCUGCGCCCUCCUGUGGCUGCUGGUCAUGCAGGGCUGCGUCAAGGAGCCGGAGCUGGAGCAGCUGGCGGGCCUGUUCCUGCGCUGUAUCCGCCUGGGCCAGGGCCGGGCGCUACUGGUCACCAGCGCCUACCGCGGACUGGCCGGCCUGGCCAAGGAGUCGGAGCUGACGGCCCUGCGGCUGCUGCACGACGGGGGCCUGAGCCUCCUGCAGGAGACGUACGCGCUCAGCAGGGAGGACCCCGCCGUGGUGGAGACGCUGUGCCUGCUGCUGGCGCGCCUGGCGGCCCAUAAGGAGGUCGCCCAGGAGCUGGCGAGCAGCGGCCUGGCGCCCCUGGUGCAGGAGGUCAAGGAGCGCUUCACCUCCAGCCUGGAGCUGGUGGCUAUGGCGGAGGAGGUGCUCCAGAGGCUGGCAGAGACCCCGGCCGCCCACCCCGAGCACCCCCGCGGACUCUCCCCCGGGCCCUUGGGCCGGCGCAGCAGCAGCACCCGAGCAGCCAAGUAA